UUCAGUUACUAAGUUUCUUUUAACAUUUUUGCUUAACUUUUUAAAAAAAAAUAAGCUCUCCAGUGUCUGAUUCACCGUCAGUCCUCCAAAUCAUUUUAUGAUCAUGUUGCAUCAUCUGAGAUUGGUCCCUAAGUGAGGACAAUAAAGAAAUUACGCAUUAUAUAAUCAACAACCUUAAGAUUUUAGUGGUUUCUGCUUUGUAUUGACUUACGUCUCCCCAGUGAUGUAAAACUAUUUGGUCGCUACCUGCCUGACGACAUAUUUUACAUCACAUCCUUUGCAUAGCCGCUUCCAUUAUCUGUUUCUCAAUCUGACCUUGAACACAAAGAACUUAAAUGUCUUAAUGGUUACAGUAAAGGUAGACACGGUGGAAGGGAACAAUCAGAAGGAGAGGUUCAGUGUUUGUACAGUACAGCACAGUCACAUUACUCACAUUGUGUACCAUUAUGCUGUGAAGGUAAAAUCAUUCUGCUCAAGAACGCAAUGUUCCUUUUUUCCUGAGGUGUCCGGAAAAGCUGCAUAUCUGUGGUUAAGAGAUUUCUGUCUCAUAAUUCUGUGUAAAUGCUGCGUCUUUACAUGGUUAAUGACAAGUACUUGUGAUUGAAUUUUUCAAUGAAUUGUAAUAUACAUUCGUCAAAAUCGACUCAGGAUUCAAAUGUCAGCUUUCAGUUAAAUUUACAAUAUGUAGCUUCAAAAGAAAACCAUUUAACAACAUAUGAUAAAGGAAGGUAACCGAUGCAUUUAUUCUAUCACUGUGCUUGAGCAAAGUUUCAAGGUACUUACACUUGAGUAGAGUAUUUUCAUUUUUUGAUACGUUACUGUUUGAUUCUAGUCAAUUUUAGCAAGAAAUACAGUGGUGGCUGCUACCUGUUUGACCACAUAUUUUUCAUUACAUUCUUGACUCAGUUUCUACUGUUCUGUUAGUUUAUGUGACCUUGAUUUCAAGGAACUCGCAUUCCAGGCACAAUGACAAUAAGAAAAUAAUCUUCAGAAUUAACUUGUGUAAUUUAAUGAUUUAUGUAAUGCAAUGUAUCAUUUGUUUGUCAUGUAAUCUGUUGUCCUAUGAGCCGCCUAUCACCAAGCUGCUAAGUCUCAGAAACUUAUCCUCUGAUUCCGUUGUGGCUUUGGGUCUUCCAGAUCUCUUCUUGUCAGAGUUUCCCACAGAUCCUAGUUGAUGGGGAAGAAAGCUGUACUCACUGACACCUUGACUUUCUUCACAAUUUCUCUGUAGGGAAGAUUUUUGUUUUUAAGUUUUAUGAUGAUCUGUCACUCUUCUAUUGUUAAUUGCCUUUUCCUCGCCAUUUUACAGCAGCACACUGCUUUCUACAGUACAAUACUGUUCAAAUAAUGCUCUCGAGGGUGUGAUACCACGGUGUGUUCCAGCUCUACUUUAAUGCAGACAGAGGGAGUUGGAAGUAAUCAAGAAAAGUUGGGAAACCUGUAGGAUUUGUAGCAUCAACUUUCAAGGCUUGAUCAACCUCCAUUGCUACAGAACAGCUUUAAAUUGUUAACCUAUUUCUUGUUCCCUGAAAAAGGCAUUUUUGUAUAAUUCUGAAAUGUACAGUACAUUGUUUUUCAGUUUGGGGUAACUACCUUUUUUUUAACCACCUACAUUUGUAAGUGAGAAUCCUACAGUUCACCACUAACCUUUGUACCACUUCAAGCUAUUCACUGGACUUGAACUACCUGAAUUUCAAUACAAAACUGGAAGUUUGAUUCAUUUCAAAAUUAUGACUAGUAGUGUAGUUCAGCACUUUUACUUUAAAUCACAAUAGAGAGUCCCAAAAGCUCCUUCUUAUAUCAUAAAUGCAUUGAUUUCUUUAAAAAAAUGGACAAAUUCUCAUGCUACAGUUUAGAUUUUUCCGGUGUUGCCUUAAUAACCGGUCUAACAUGAUGCUCGUGCACAUGCAAACUUAACCAAAGAUGACUUUGAACAAAAAAAAACAGGAGGAAAAAGGUUUGUUUGCUACUUUGCUGAUAUCAUGUCAUGAUCGUUUCCAGAGCAUGGCUGCUACCAUCGGCCUCCUCCCUGAGAAGCACUUUUUGUGCUCUCUGUGUCGAGAGAUCUUCAUCAACCCAGUGACCAUACCAUGCGGACACAGCUUCUGUUUGUCGUGCCUCAGCCACUACUGGACACGACACCAGUCCAAAUACUGCCCUCACUGUAGGAGAGUGUUUGCUGACAAGCCUGACCUCAGUGUCAACCACAUUCUGGCAGAUGUCUCUGAGAACUAUAGACAGAUCCGACCGCAGAAACCACCAGAUGAGGAAAUGGUUAUAGAUGUUGAGCAAAUGAUUCAGGAAAGGCUACAGAAGAUAGAAAGACUGAAAUACUCUCUUGAGCUUCAGAGGAGUUCCUACCUCAGAGAGGUACGAGAGAGUCAGAAGGUCUUCUCUGCCCUCGUAAAUGCUAUGGAGAAGAGUCACAAAGCGGUUGUUGCUGUGAUUGAGGACAAACAGAGAGAGGAGGAGAAGAGAGUGGAAACACUGAUGAAAGAGAUCGAACAGGAGAUCGAGGAGCUGAGGAAGGAAAUGAGUGGACCUGAUCCUCUGAUUUCUGUAAACGGCGAUCAAAGUGACGACACAAAGCAGAUAUCCACGCUCUCUGAGAUGAAGGACUGGUCCAAGGUUACCAUAGAAACUGACCCUUGUGUUGGGGUCACCAGAAAAGCAUUGUCAGGUGUAUUGGAAAAAAUAAAAGCAGACGUCAACAGACUCUCCAAAGCUGAACUUCGGAGAAUUGAGAAAUAUGCAGUGGAUGUCAACUUCAGUGCAAAAACAGCUCACCCCUUCCUGUCUGUCUCAGAGGACAGAAAGCAGGUGAAGCAUGUUGACAAGCUUCAGGAAGUACCGGAUCACCCGAAGAGAUUCGACCGUGUGGCAAACGUGCUGGCCAAAGAAAGCUUCAGCAGUGGGAGGAGCUACUGGGAGGUGGAGGUUGGCGAAAAGAUUGAAUGGCACCUGGGUGUUGCCAGGCAGUCCAUAAACAGGAAGGGCAAGUUCACUGUGUGCCCUGCAAACGGUUUUUGGACUUUAAGCCUGAGGACUGGAAGCCAGUUCAUUGCCAACACCUCUCCCGUCACCUCAGUGGUUGUAGAUCACCGACCCAAGAGGGUGGGAGUGUUUCUGGAUUACUCAGAAGGCCGGGUGUCCUUCUACUGUGCAGAAUCUGGAGUCCACAUUCACACUUUCACAGAUACCUUCACUGACAGGCUUCAUCCUUUUUUCAGUCCCGGUCGCCUGCAUGGUGGCAAAAAUGCAUCUCCCUUAACCAUCAGUUCUAAUUUUUGCAGCAUCUGAAUCUCAAAAUACAGUUCCACAAAAUGUAGAACUGCCAUGUUUAUACUUUUUUUAUCCAUCCAAAAUAUUUAUUCAUUUUGAAAAAUCCAUUUCACAAUCUACAACGAACCACAUUUUCCCUGUCAGAACUGUGAACAAGAGGGUGCAUAAGGACUGAAUCCUUACACUCGAAAACUUCAAUGAAAGCCAUAAACAGACUGAAAAGAAAAAAGCAGGAUAGUAGAAGAGAGAAGGCUCUCAUAAACGAACAAGCGAGUCAAAGUUGAAUAAGAGGAGGAAAAUGGGAUUGCUGAG